ACGUGUUAAAAUGCUGAAUGCAUUAAAUUUAACACCUCAAGGUCGUUGGAACGAAAGAGCGGAAAGGUCCAAAGACAUAUUAUAUUACUUCUGUGCAAAGUCUAAUUUAAAACAGUAAAUAUUAAGUAUGACUGAGUCGACUGUUGGCUCAACCGGUAGUCUCUGUGAAACACCGAUUCAAUGGCCAAUGACGAAGGCCUCCUAUGAAUUUGGGAAGUCUAUUGGUCAGGGUGCUACUUCCACUGUGUUUGAAGCUCUUUGUCCCUCGAAUGGAAAGAAAUGUGCUAUCAAAAUAAUAAAUCUUGAAAAAUGCAGCACGUCCGCAUCGUUAGAAGAAAUAAACAGAGAAAUAAAAUCCAUGAAGAACAUGAAAAACGAGAAUAUAGUAGCAUACUAUGCCUCUUUCGUUGCCCAGACAGAACUGUGCAUAAUCAUGGAUCUAUGUCAAAGAGGAUCAUUGUUGGAUGUUAUCAAGUAUACACAAAAUAAACGAGAUAUUACUUACGGUGUAUUUGAUGAAAAUACAAUUGCUACCAUUCUUCGUGAUGUUCUACGUGGAUUGGCGUAUAUUCAUGAAAAUGGUUUAGUUCAUCGCGAUCUAAAAUGUGGUAAUUUAUUGGUCAAAGAUGAUGGAAUCAUUCAAAUAGCAGAUUUUGGAGUUGCUGGAUUUUUAGCUACUCAACCGCUUACUGCGACUGGUAGUGUUGAUCUAAGACGGUAUACAUUUGUUGGUACACCUUGUUGGAUGGCUCCGGAAGUUAUGCAACAAGCUCGUGGUUACAAUCAAAAAGCAGAUAUAUGGUCAUUAGGUAUUACAACUAUUGAAAUGGCAACUGGUCAAGCUCCUUAUGCAAAAUUUGCACCAAUGAAGGUAUUAAUGCUUACAUUACAAAAUGAUUCACCGGAUAUUGACAGUGUUGCAACAGUUAACAAUCAAUAUUUAAAUUAUGGACACAAAUUUCGUAAAUUCACUAAAGCUUGCCUUAUGAAAGAUCCAGGUCAACGUUUAUCCGCUCGUGAAUUACUUAGCCAUACUUAUAUCAAAUCAAAAGCGAAGGAUCGAGAAUUACUUUGUCGAGUUUUGCUUGGUGGUGAAAUGCCACCUCCUAUUUCUCGUGUCAAUAAACACCCAGAUGAUCGAUCAGAAAAGCGUGAUCCUAAGAAUAACAGUACAGAAUGGAAUUUCGAUACAGUGGGACGUGUAUCUAAUAGUGGUGUUGACAGUGAUGAUGAUAGUGAUGAGAAUGACUAUAAGGUUACUUCAUAUACUGAUCGUUCUGGCAGUAUACCACAACCUUGUAAUUCAUCUAGUGGAUUUGAUUUUCCAUCAGAGUUAUUAACUCAAACAAAUGCAACUGCUGUAAUCGGUUCAUCUGCGUCUAAUCAAGUAAAUAACGCACUUGCAACGGGAGCAGCGAUGGCUGUGCCAACAGCACUACCAGUUGUUGAUGAAACUGUUGGUGGUAUUAGUCCACGAAGUAAUAUACCACAUUUAGAUAGAACAGACAAUUAUAAUAUUGCGGUGUCUGGGUCAUCAUCAUCGUCAUUUCCACCUGCUCCAGCGUGUACACCUGCCUCUCCGGAGACAUCUAAUUCGAUUAGUGCUAUGGCAGCGGCGUUCUCGAGCACUUUGACAACUGAGGAUCCUGAUAAUCAACAACAACAGCCUCAAACAAAUGAUCCUUCAUGCGGAAGUGGUUUAUGCUAUCGAAUAACAUUACGUAAACGUAAUCCAAAGCAGAAUAAUGAACUACAAGAUAUCAGUUUUAAUUAUGUCCCAGGAGAAGAUUCAGCUGAUGUUUUAGCACGUGAACUAGUCCAAGCCGAUUUACUGGAUGGUUGUGAUUCAUUAUUGGUUGCACAUCAUAUGAGUGAAUUAGUCAGUAAUCCAAGUGAACGUGAACGUAUUUUACCAUUAAAUUCACAACCAGCUGCUGGUCAAGUUCCAAUUGAAUCUGAAUUACAUGGUUAUGCAAAAGUACUUAUUCGAGUAAUUAGUACACCGACAACAACAUGAAAAUCACUAUUAUUACAUCAUUAUAAUAAUGAUUACUAAACAAUCGGCAUUUUACAAGUUUAUUCAUAGAAAUGAUCUGUCUAUUUAUCUAUUCUUUUUCUAUAUGAUGAAUAGCUCCCAUACUACUACUACUACUACUAAUAGUACAAAAAACUGUUCUGUUACUCGCUAUAUUAUUUUGUGUGUGUGUGUGUGUGUGCGUUUUACACUACACACUAAUAAAAAGAUUUCAGAGAAAUAAAAAUCCAUAUUUUUUCUUUUUAUUACAGUCCUUCUCAUUCUUUUGUUUCCACUUAACUUCCUAAGCAUCGCUAUCUAACCUUCUUUCUUACUAUUCAUAGUAAUAAUAAUCAUUAUUAUUAUUAUUAUUAUUCAAUCACUGAUAUUCUUUCAGUCUGAUUGUUAAUUAUAUAAGUAAAUAUGCUUAAUGAAAAUUAGAUACGAUUAUGUAUGCAUAUUGACAAAUAACUAACUAACUGACUGCAUUAAAUUCUAUGGUGUAUAUUAUAUAAAAUGUUUGUGUUUGUUGUAUAUGCUUGUCUUAACAAGUGUGUGCUUUUCUCUUCUUCUUCUUCUUUGUCUUCCUUCUUAUAAACAAAUAAUGAUAUGUAUGUUCAGUAAUAGAAAUACAUAGUAUUUUGGGAGGGGGGGAAGAGGGGGAUAUCAAUUGUAUACUACACAGUAUGAGAUAUUAUUUUUUAUAUCUUUAAUUUAGUUUGUGUUUAUUUGAUUACUAUUGUUACCCUAAUUCUCCUCUUUAAAACUAACUACAUUAUGAAUCUACUUUUAAAAUGUUGAUAUACAGUUCAUGUUCUCUGUCAAUUUUCCAUAAAUUUAAUAGACAAUCAAUCAUAAUCAGAUAUUCUCUUUUCUCUUCAUCUCUUAUAUAUAUAUCACAAUGAAACUUCCGAAAGUUGCAUGUUAGGAAGAAGAAAAAAAACAAUUCUUGUGUUAUGUUGCAACAUUUGGAAUCGAAAUAAGUUGAUGACAGUGGUGUGUAUAUGUGUGCAUGUCAGCCAUAAUUCUUUGUUUGUUUGUUUGUUUUCUUUUUCAACAUACAACAUAGUUAAACUGUUCGACAUUUUUUCACCUGCUUCUUCUGUCUUAUUUCUUUCUGACAGCUUUUAUUUUGCAUAAUGACUUUCAGCAACAACAAAAAAAACUGUAUUAUCCCUUUUAAUAAAAUUUUGUUGACUCAAA